CGAGAUUGCUGAUGGAAUCGCUGCGAUUACUCGCGUGCUUCCGCCCUGACACCGCGCGUAAACCCCCUCUCAGCACCCAAACACUCCUCCAGGAGUGAGGACAAGCGAUAGGGAAGCCUAUGUCUACCACAGACGACGUGUGCUGUGCUCUCUUGCUUUCAGCUCCUCUUCUACAGCUAACGCCUGGUGUCUGCAGCGUUGUUUCCCCUCAGUCGCGUGCGCGUAGCACGUCCAUCCUCCUCCUCCGCAAUCCUACUGCAUAUCUACCUUCCUCUUUGAGCAGCACCUCCACCUUUCCCCGUCGACACGAUGAAGAAAGCUUAUGUCGACAUCAAAAAUCGGCAUCUGAGCGAAUCCCGAGACAUCGAGAUUUGCACAAACGUCAUUGCUAUCGUUGUUGCUAUGAACUUCGAAACCUCCUCUUUUCACGAUACUAGCUUUUGGUUAUAAUUGAUAGGUCAGGUAGGGACAUCGCUAUCACGGUCUUUAUAUACGUCAUGGCGAUUUUGAAUUUUCAUCACCGUAUUGACGGGUUUCUUCCUGCCAUGGAAAAUAUUCAUCUCGCAUUACAUCCAUGGUCAAGCCUAAGGUCAAAGAGCAAAUCUAUCCGCAAUAUCGCAU